AUGAAUGUACCAGAAACAAAAGCCUCCAUUUUCGGUUGUUAUACACCGAACAUCGGAGUGAAACUUACGCCAUCGAGUGAUGAGGUUACUGUCUUCGCGGUGAUGGGAGCUACGGUCUUCAUAGGCCAUAAUCAUGUACAUGCUCACACUCUCGGUGUCGCAGCAACGCCUGAGGUGAUUCGUGCCCUCGAGCCCUCCGGACAUAUCUCGGAGAUAGAGAGCGAUGAUGAACUUGUAUCUUCACAGCAGACCACAACGACAUCCACGAUCUUAGCGACCACGAGCCAGCACACCCCAACAUUAUCUUCUGUCGCAAACCACGCCCAAACCGCUACGGCGUCAUACUCAUACAACGAGACUGUUCAUUUCUACUCAUCUGAAUUGCGGCCACCUCCCUGUGUCGCAUUCUCCCAUGACGUCCCAAAGCUUUUCCGGGAAUGGUACAAAUCUGAUCACAUUGUGCUCGAUGGUCGUGGUAUUCCCAUCAGUCAAUGGGACAAGCUCUACAAGAAGACGAUUGCGAUACCAGAACUCACGAAGGCCUGGGACUCAUUUCGCUCGCUAUGGGGUAACUGGCGGUUCGUGAUUACUGAAUUCGAACGACUUGGCUCCGAUGAAACCCGGUUCUGGGCCAAAUUCAAGACCAGUAACGGUGCACGAAUGAAGUAUCAAGAAAUUCUUGACCAGCUUCUGGAGGAACGGAAGGGGGAGGACCUUGAUCUGGGUCCGAUGGUGUCGAGUGUGAAGGAGUUCUUUGGGGGAGACUUGACACAUCCAGAUGCAGGGUGCACAUCCACUUACAAGAAGAACGGCCAAGUUCUGACGGUUUCAAAGAAUAAGGAGAUAGUCUCACGGUUUCGCAAGCUCUGUUCAGUGGAUGCGGGACUGCAGGCCCGUUGGGAUGAAUUCAAGGGCUCGAGAGUUUAA